AUGUUUGCCGAGAACGAGUCGGAAAGCCCAAGGGUUCCCUCUCCGUGGGACCCUUUCAUCUCGACGCCGCCUUCUCCUUCGCCGAGUCCUGUGCCCCGUCUUGUUCCUGAGCAAGACGAUGGUAACGUGGAAUACAAGCUACAGCUCCUUUCGCCUUCUCCUGGUCGCUUUGCCCGACUGGUCACUCAGAUGAAGUGGCGGCUGCUUGAGGGCGGCGGCCAAGCGUACUAUGAGCUUGGCGUAGCGGACAGUGGAAUGCUUGUGGGGCUACCCCGCGCAGAGCUCGAGCAAAGCCUCGAGACGCUGGAGAUGAUGGCUGGCGAAAUUGGCGCCAGCGUUAUUGUUGUCAAAGAAAUUGAGGUCCCGGCGGCUAUGCUUGACCUUGUGUCGGCUGACCCCGACUCGUGGUACGGGAAGCGAACAGCUAGACGACAGCCGCUCCUGCUUACUUCUGAUGAAUCAACGGCCACCAACACCGAGACGGAGCUCUCCGCCACUGACGUCGACGACGAGCUAUCCACGUCCGUCAAGAAUGGCGUUGAAAGUAUCUUUUCCAUGGACGACCUUGAUGAUAUGGACUCGGCAUUGGUGCCUCAAGGUCACUUUGACCUCGAAAUUGCCUCGGUUUACAAACCGCGGCCCGUUCGCGAGCGGUCACAGGGCCACCAGAACCUCCACCACAAGAAGAAGGGUGCGAAGGGCAAGAAGGGAAAACAUCUCCCGGACGGCCUGCUUUCUUCGGCAGCUCACGAGUCGGAUGGGGUCAAGGCCAUCAAGGCCCAGAAACGACGACAAAACCGUGACCGCAAACGUGAAGAGCGUCUGAAUACCUUGGUCCAGGAAGUGUCUGAGGCUGUCGAGGCAGCUCAAGUCGAGGAGAAAGGGUGUUCGCAAACUGAUGCUCUUGUUACAGACUUGGAGGCGCUUCAUGUCUCAGUCAAUCCCGAGCCGUCAUCCAUCCCAGCGCUUGAGCUGCCCGUUGACGACCCCGACCUCGAUCUUGAUGGCGAAGACGAUGUUUUCCCGUCAAUGGUCACAGCUGUGCCUGGCCCAUUCACCGGUCUCGCUUCAACUCAUCUCACUGUCCCUGUCACUCCCUUAACGAGCACCAACGCGUCAAAUGUGGAGCCUCGUCUUAUCGUCGAGGCACUUGUGGUCCGCAAAAUGUCGAUAGAAGAGGCGUUCUUAGAUUUUGGUGGCGCUUUCUCGUUGACCUGA